CUCUCCGUUGCUUUUCAUUUUUCACGUUUCUGGAUCAAUUACAUGUGAUACGAUGAAUGAUUGCUGUUGUGAGAGCUUUCAGCUGAGUAAAUGCCUCAACUGGUAUGGAAAAGGCAUUGCCAAUUGUGUCAAUUUCCAUAACGAGACGUUCGCCUCUUGUCAUUCAUUUGGAAAUCCAGACGAUCUUUUUUUCUGUGAAGUGAGCGAUCAUUGUCCUAGAACUCCAUAUGAUCCAAAGCUUGCUUGGAUUCAGUACGAAGACUUGCGAUGGUGGGGCUGGAUCUGCCUCCUCGUCAUUACUCCGGCUGCGUUGAUACUCGGUAUCGUUGGCACGGCGUUCUACACUUGGGGUUGGGAUUGCAUUCAGAGAAAGGAAAAGGAAAAAGAAAUUACUAAUAACGAACUGUUUUGUUCGAAUCUCCUAAAUUUCGGGAACAAAUUUGUCAGUGGUAUGUUAAUGGUUAUCAAUAUUUCCAUUUCUAUACUGAUCUUGGCUUACAGCCAGGAACAGUACGAAAAGACCAUGUACGGAGUAAUUGGUUUGCAGUUAGCACUUGGGCCUCUUUUCUUCUUGGUUGCAAAGCUCUUCCCCUUUUUGUUUAAAAACGACAAAUGGUAUUCCGAGAAGAAUACGACUACGACUAUUACAGCUAUCAAUGUUUACCAGGACCUUACCAGUGGGUAUAUGGUGGUCAUUGCUACUGCUAUCUGUCAACUGGCAUUGCUAUUUUUGUACUUGUACGCUUUGAUCCGCUCAGGUCCUCCUGAUUUUUCAGAAAAGAGUACCUACGGUUUUUAUGGUCUUGGCUCUUUCAUCCAGAUUGCGAUGGCAUUGAAAAGAACGACAGCAUCGACAGACCCGACAUUCACACAAAUGUUUGUCGAAUACAAUUUCUGGUAUCGUGUCCACAAAAUGAGAAACGAUGAAAAGAAAGUAGAAUUUAGGUUGGAAGACGAUGACAUGGCUGAUAGAGGUGUUCGAAAAAGUGUUAUUAUUAGAAGUUAUAGAACGAUUCGUGAUUCAAUGAUUCGAUAUAUACCCAGAAAAGAGAAAGAGAGUGAUGGUAAAGAAAACAAGAAGGGCAGGGAUCGCUCUCGUCCAAGUAUUGGUUCUGAACGAGAUCGCAGUUCAGGGAUUAUAAAGGCACCUGAUGGUGUAAAGGAAUUUGUUGUUAAUGCACAUGCAGUAUUACGUGACUGGCAAACUUUGGGAAGUUUCCGUAUAAAGCUCAGAAUUUUCCUUUCGUUUCUAAUCAACUACUGUGGUUUGACAGUUGUGCUUUUCUUGCUCCCCAUACAGCUUGCACAUAGCGAGUCAGCAAUGGAAUUUAUUUUGAAUUCGGUUGCUGCGGGAUUUAUUAUUGAGAUGGACGAUUACGGUGAGGGAAAAAAAAUUGUGUUGAGAAAAGAGAGUCCUGGCGAGGAACACCGACCCUUUCUCGAACACAAUGCUACUGAUCGUACCCAGAAAGAUUCGAUGUCCAAUAUGAAGUAUGCUGGCGGUGGCAGCGAAAGAGAAGAAUCCGAGGAAGUAGCAGAAAACGGAAGAAGUGAAGAUGAUGAUGAGAAGAACGAGGGCGUUCUCGAUUAUGAUUCCGUCCCUUCUACUGGCCGUCAGCCAUGUAGUGAUAAUAUCAAUGCCUUAGGCGAAGUUGCUGACGAGAACGAUUUGGAGACUGGUGGAGGAGGAUAUGAAUCACAACACAGGGUCCCCGAAGGAAGUGAAGUGUUGAACAGCAGCGGUGGUACUGUCGAAGAGAUAAAGGCAAUUGAGCAAAUGUUUCAUCAGGGUGUUGAAGAUGCUAUGAAGGACGUCAGAGAAAUUUGUGAGUAAGAAUAGUCUGUAUUUAUCUAUCCCGAUUUUCUGCAAACUGCUUCACUAGAUAUAAGCACCCCAACCACUAGUUGAUUUCGUAGUUUGGACGGACCACCAGGAGGGUCCUUUCCUUCGUUUUGUUUGCUCCCGGGCACGUUUUCCACCGUUAUUCUAAGAUCCGGCCGACCUCGGCGAGGCGCCUGAUCGCCGGGUUUCCCUUUUUUCCGAUCCCGAGUCCCAAAAGUUGUGCCCGACCUGUUCUAGAUACGAGGCCUGCCUCCGGGCCCGGUGGGUCGGGUCGGCAACGGCGGCCCCGGCCGGCUCCUCGAUCCGUUCCUCGUCUGGAGCUCCCGGGUGGCGGGCCAUGGCAUCCGCAGCGGCUUCCGCAUGCCCCAAACGAGCGCUUGGUAUCCGUGGGGCCAAAUGUGGCGCCGGACCGGCGCCCGGGGGAAUGUUCCGCCACCGCUCCGCGGAAUGCCGCGGCGGGCCGGAGGCUCCACGCGAACGACGCGGAUGGGGCUUGGGCUCCGUGGAGCGCCAGCGCCGUGGAUCCCUUCCCGGUGGGCCAAGGCGUGGCGCCGGUGAUCGACCGGUCCCCCGGCUCCACAAGUGCGACGGGCGUGGUCGUUUGCGAACGGGAAACCUCUCGGGGGUGCAAUCUGCCACCGGGCCGUUGUCGGAAAAGGUUUUGGGGGAGUGUUUGUUUGUGGCGCAUGAUACUGCUGACUGAUAAUGCGACUGAAACAGUAAUGCGACGAAUAACGAAUACAGUAUCGGAACGUACGUACUUGUAGCGGUACGAAAACUAAGUUAGUGCCAGCAAGGUGACCACUCCUCUGAAAUGAAUUUACUACUACUAGUAGUAGUACUAGUAGUAGUAGAAGCUAAUCAAUGAUAAUCAAUGAA